AUGACGGCAUUCGCAUCGGAUCAAAUCUCGGGGCGGGAAGGGGAUCAGAAUGGGAGCUUAACAUACAAGGACCUCCACAACAAGAUGGCCGAGGGAUUCACUCUCUUCUAUGGGAACUAUUAUUGGGUGUCAGGAAGAAUUUUUUGGUGUCGCUACUUAAGUUUCGGAUACCGAAUGGAGGGUUGCGGUGGCAUUCGGUUCGCCAAGGGACUUCCCCUUAAAGCCAAUUACGUCGCAGCAAGAUUCAUACUCGGAGCUCUAUGUGUGCUGAUACUUCUAAUCUAUAAGUGGAUGAGAAGGCACCAAGCAAACGAUGCAAACAUCAAAGAAUUCUUACAAGCUCACAAUAACUUUCUGCCCAUAAGGUACUCCUAUUCGGAUAUUAAGAAGAUUACAAAAUAUUUCAAAUGCAAAUUAGGUGAGGGGGGAUAUGGUUUUGUGUACAAAGGAAUCCUUAGAAGCGGCAAUGAAGUUGCAGUUAAGAUUUUGAACAAACCAGAAUCUAAUGGCCAAGAUUUUAUUAGUGAAGUGGCCACAAUUGGAAGGAUCCACCACGUCAAUGUGGUGCAACUUGUUGGUUUUUGCUUCGAUUAUUCCAAACAAGCUCUAGUCUAUGAUUUCAUGCCGAAUGGCUCCCUGGAUAAACACAUUUCGAAUAAGGAUGGUGAUGAUUCUCUUAAUUAUAAGAAAAUGUAUGAGAUCUCUCUUGGCAUAGCUAGAGGGAUGGAAUAUCUACAUCGGGGAUGUGAUAUGCAAAUUCUACACUUUGAUAUCAAGCCACACAACAUUCUCCUAGACCAAAGUUUCACUCCGAAAAUUUCUGACUUUGGACUUGCAAGAUUUUAUCCCACCGAUCAUAGCAUAGUAUCGUUAACUGCAGCAAGAGGAACCUUGGGUUAUAUAGCACCUGAGCUAUUCUAUAAAGACAUUGGUGGCAUUUCUUAUAAAGCUGAUGUUUAUAGUUUUGGGAUGAUGUUGAUGGAAAUGGCCGGUAGAAGGAGAAAUCUAAAUGCACGUGCAGAGCGUUCAAGUCAAAUUUACUUUCCUUUGUGGGUUUAUGAUCAAUUUGGCAAAGAAAAUGAGGUUGAAAUGGUAGGUGUCAAAGAAGAGGAAAGAGAAACAACGGGGAAGAUGAUAAUCGUUGCAUUAUGGUGUAUACAAUUGAGUCCUAAUGAUCGGCCGUCGAUGAGGAAAGUCCUAGAUAUGCUUGAGGGAGAUAUGGCUAAACUGCAACUACCUCCAAAACCACUUUUGUAUCCAAGAGAGGUGCUAAUUGAUGAUGUCGACACUGAGAUAGAACUUGAAAUGGUCUCAUCUUCGUCAAGUGCUUCGAUAAUUUCGGGCAAUUACCAAUUUUACCAUGACAAUGAUACAAAAUCAUGUAUUGUGUGA